AUGCCCGCUGCCGAUGUCCCCGUCGUCACUGGCUACUACCGCUACACUGACAUCUGGUUUGAAUGGAGCAAAGUACUUCCAGACGAAGACGGACAGGUUUUGAAAGCCAUUCUAGCGCAUGACUGCAUCGUCGAUCAUGAGCACCCUCUUCACAUCGAAGGCGUCAAGGGAGUACAGUUGUACAUGGGCACUUUCGAGACUGGAGAGGCCCGUCUUCUCUUUUCCUCCAAGCAGGCCGACUACAUUCGCUACUGGCUCCACGCGAUGCAGUUGACAAAGGAAAUGAUCCCUCUCCCGUACUCAGACUGCCUGUUGACGGAGGCAAAUCUACGCACGGUCUCUCCUGUCGUGUAUGAAAAUGGAAGCGCGUUGCAUGAUGCACUGAAGCUCAUAGAAAAGAACAACCGAAGGUUGAAGGGCUCCAAUCCACGUCUUACCCAUCGACGCAACUUAUUCGAACGCGUGCGCGCAUUUUGGGCACAGAAGAAGGGUGUCUGGUGUGCCGUCGAUUUCGAAUCUUGGGAGCGCGACCAUACCGUUCUCACAGAAUUUGGAUGGAGCCUCACAUAUUGGAAAGACGGCUUCGAGGCCCAGGAAGACGGCCACCUUAUAGUUGAAGAGGCCAAGAAGUACAUCAAUGGGGCUUACGUGAAAGACCAUCGCUAUAGAUACGAUUUUGGCGACAGCGAGUGCGUCAAAAAGUCAGUCUUCAAAGAGCGAAUCCACCAGCUUUUUGCCCGUCUAUCGGAACACGGUAACAUCUUCCUGGUGCUCCACGACAACAGCCAAGAUAUCAAGGAUCUCCAAAAGUUAGAAGUGAACCUCGACGGACUGACAUACCUGCCGCCUGAUUCGAUCCCGGAGAAGGGAAUUUUUGUCGUCGAUACGGCUGACCUCACCGGCGCCCUGCUGGGCGAAGGCGGUGACAAGCGAUCUCUCGAAAAAACUUGCCACCUCCUCCAGAUAGCCACACGAUACCUCCACAAUGCAGGCAACGACGCUCAUUAUACCUUGCAAGCAAUGCAAGCAAUGGCAGGCGGCGAUCCCGUCGAUAUCCAACGAGAGAAAAGAUGGCCAAACCAGACUUCAAAAGGUCUCGGGGUCGAUCUCAAACCGUGGCAAGAGGACAGCGACUACUCUGACGAGGAAGGCGUCUUGCCGCCGAUGGCGGGCUUCGCUGCGUAUGAACACGAGCUACUGAAAGAGGGGGCCAGUGCACCUAAAGGCGGAAUAAACUGA